AUGAACCAGGCAUUCUGGAAAACCUACAAGUCCAAAGUGUUACAGACCCUAAGUGGGGAAUCUGAGGAGGACCUGGCAGAGGAGCGAGGGAACCCAGCGUUAGUGGAAUCUGAGCCAGCCAGACCUGCGGAAGAGGCUUGCCAUCCCAUGUCACAGCUGGCCCGCCGGGUUCAGGGGGUUGGGGUGAAAGGUUGGCUGACAGUGUCAUCUCUGUUUAACAAAGAAGAUGAGGACAAGUUGCUGCCACCGGAGCCCUGUGCUGACCACCCGCUGGCGGCGCAGUCCCCCUCGCAGGCGGUGACCGCGACGGAGGCGGAGCCGCGCGGGCCGGGGUUCUGGGACGCGUUCGCCAGCAGGUGGCAGCAGCAGCAGGCGGCGGCGGCGUCCAUACUGCGCGGCGCCGAACCCAACCCGGAGCCGGACCCCGAAGCGCGAGACGAGGCCGCGGAGGAGGCUGCCGAGCGCCCCGAGCCGGGGGAGGCCGACACCGUGGCCGGCUUCAAGUGGGGCUUCCUCACCCACAAACUGGCCGAGAUGAGGGUGAAGGCCGCGCCCAAGGGCGACUAGCCUGCGGCCCACCAGGGCACCCGCUCCUUCCUUCCCCCGCGCCCAUAAAAACCCUGACCCGA